ACACACCUUUUUCACUUCAAAAUCUCCUCUAUUACAUAUUUCUUCAUCAUUUUGCUUCAAUCAUGGCCGGAGGAAAGAAGACAAAGGCUUCCAAGAAGAAGGGCAACGCCGAAGCUACGACCUCUGCGCCCCAGCCGGUGCUGCCCGAGUUGUACCCACAACAAAAGGGGUACCACGACCUCGACAAUCAGCUUCAAGCAUCGGGUCUGUGGUCGUUCGUCUCCAGGAGCUGCUCGAGCUUCAACCCAGCCUUUGUGCGAGCCUUCUACUCCAAUCUCCGCCGGGACGGGGACACCAUUCGCAGUAGCAUCAAUCUCUACGACAUAGAGAUUGAUUUGGCUACCUUCGCUCGGGUCGCAGGGCUGCCCACCCAUGGUGACGACAUCGCAACAUAUGGCGGCGAUGAUUGGAUCCUCAACAACGAGGCGGUGGUCAUCCGAGAGCUUGGGAUCACCAACCUCAUCCGUCACAGCGGCGCACCAACAAUCCACUCAGCCCCGCCGGAGAAGCGUCUUCUUCUCUACAUCCUCACCCGGAUUCUUUGCCCCCAGGACGGUAGCCACACAUGUCUCUUCAACGAGGAUCUCAAGGCGGUUCAUGCUAUCACCCAUGGUGCCUCGAUCAAUUGGGCAAAAUACGUCAUGAUUCACAUGGCGGAUUGCGCCUCCAUCGCCACUGAGCGGAGCUUGCCAUACGCCUUCCUCGUCAUGGACCUCAUCAUCUCCGCCGACAUCUCCAUCGCCGGCCCGGAUACGAAGAUGACAAAGAUUUGGAUAAUCCAAGACAGCACCUUCCGGAAGAAGUCCGGAGACCGGGACGACGCAGGCCCGAGUUGUGCACCAGCCCCCGCUCCCGCCAAGGCCUCUUUGCAAUCCAUAGCCGAUACUCUGAACCGGCUAACCCUCACAGUGGAUGGCAUGGGGCAGUCAAUCGAGCGGAUGGACUGGACGCUGCAACGCCAACACCACGACAUGACGGCGUUCUUCCGCGGCAUCAACUACGUCCCGCCGCCUUUUGACAGCACCUUCCUCGGCUAAAACUAUGAAGGCGAGGACGAGGAGGAUAACUCCUAUGCUCCAUCCUCCUCCCCCGACGAGGCCGACUUUGAAGAUGCGGUCGACGGUGAUCCCAUGGACGUCGAGGACGACGAGGACGCCGAUGCUUAGACUUCUCUUUUCUCUUCUUCCUAUGAUUGUAUCUCUUAUUUUUUCUUCCAUUCCGUUGUAUUCCGCAUUUCCCUUUUUCAUGAAUAAAAGUUUUUACUUUUAAUUCUUUUUGUUAAUGUCAAAAGGGGGAAGAUAUUAAGGUUAUGCAUAAAUUAAGGGGGAAUUU